CCAGGAUCCACCACCGACCUGGCCAGCGUGGUUGAGAUGUUUGACAACCUCCUGGAGCGGAGUCGGCGCGGCGUCGCCGACUCCGAGCCCGCGGCCACCUCCGCGCCCGAGUCGCCCGACUCGCCCGACUCCGUGGAUUCGGCCGACUUGCCCGUGGACUCUCCGGUGGACUCUCCGGUGGACUCUCCGGUGGACGCGCCGGCCGCCGAGUCGGUGCCGAUGCGGCCACUGCUGAUCGUCGAGGAGCGCGACGAGCCGCCGCCGGCCUCGGAGCAGAGGAAGCGCGAGGCGCGCGCCGGCCGCUACACCAAGCGGCGUCCGGCCGAGCCGCGGCCGCUCUCGGUCAGCUCGACCUCGUCCUCGUCCUCGUCCGCAUGCUCCUCGCUGCCCCGGGGACGGGUGUGGCGGCUGCAGCCGGGCGAGACCACCCCCGAGGGCAGCCGCGGCGACCGGCUGCGCAAGUCGGCCAGUUCAGGCUCCGGGGACAGCGGACUGUCGUCGCCGCUGACCUUCGUGGCGUCCCCGACGUCGCCCGGGGCGCCUGACCUCUGUGACCCCAGCCUGACCUACAUCGAGCGGGUGGUGGCCGAGGUGGUGGAUACAGAGGCCGUCUACGUCAAUGACCUGCGCUCUGUCAUUGAGGGCUAUCUGUUCUACUGGCGCGAGAACCCAGAGCCUGCGAUCGUGGAUGAGUACACCGAUGCCCUCUUCAGCAACGUGCAGGAGAUAUUCCGCUGCAACAGUGCAUUCCUGGCGGCGCUCGAGCUGUGUCAGCUCGACCCGACCAAGGUGGCCACCAGCUUCGUCAACCACGGCGGACGGUUCGCCGUCUACAUCGACUACUGCACCAAGUACCCCAGGACGGUGUCAGUGCUGACGGAGCUGAUGCGCAGAGAGACCACGGCCCGCCUGUUCCGCGAGCGUCAGGCGGCGCUCGGGCACGCCCUGCCCCUCGGAUCGUUCCUGUUGAAACCGGUGCAGCGGAUACUCAAGUACCACCUCCUGCUGCAGAACAUGAAGUCUCACACGGACAGCCACUCGGACGGCUACGGGGUGGUGUGUGCCGCUCUGGACACCAUGACCGCCCUGGCCGGACACAUCAACGACAUGAAGCGGAGGCACGAGCACGCCGUGCGCGUGCAGGAGAUCCAGAGCCUGCUCUACGGCUGGGAGGGCGAGGACCUGACUACCUACGGGGAGCUGGUGGCUGAGGGCGCGUUCCGGAUGCACCGCGCCAAGGCAUCACGCCACGUGUUCCUCUUCGACCGCAUGGUGCUCAUCACCAAACGGCGAGAGGACGCCACGCUCGCCUACAAGGCGCACAUCAUGUGCUCCAACCUGAUGCUGAUCGAGAGCAUCCCCGGGGACCCAUACAGCUUCCACGUGGUGCCGUUCGACAACCCGCGGCUCCAGUACACGCUGCAGGCCCGGAGCAUGGAGCAGAAGCGCGACUGGGCCCUCCAGCUGAAGAGGGCGAUCCUGGAGAGCUACAACGCCGUGAUCCCGUUCCACGCGCGUGAGCUGGUGAUGCAGCUCGGCCAGGACAAGGCCGGAGGUGACCAGGUGCGCCGGAACAGCAGCAGCAAGCGGCAGCACUCUGCCCCCGAGUACCUGGAGCGGAGGCGCGCCUACAAACGCGCCUCCUUCAACCAGAAGCUCCGGCUGCGCAGUCGCGACCGCAAGAGCUCGCUGGACAGCCGGAAGGACUCGGUGGCAGAGGAGGAGGAGGACAGGGAGAGGAAGAGGAGCACCGCCAGCUGCCCGGACGAGAAGAGGGGCCGCCGCAGCCUGCUGACGCUGCGCCGGAAGUCGGAGCCGUUCAUUUCGCUGCUGUCGCCGCAGCGCGCCGGCCCCGGUGUCAGCGUGGUGGACUCGCCCAGCUCCGAGCUCCAGGUGCUGCCUGACCUGGACGAGGAGGGGCCGGCCGACCACCGCUCCGACUGCGACGACGUCUCCUCGGCGCUCGACGACGCCACCGACGCCGACGACGUCAGCGAGUGCGACGUCAAGGACCUGCUGGACGGCAAGCCGGACAACCUGCAGUCGAUCGUCGAGCAGCUGGUGAUGCAGAACAUGGAGUUCAGGAGGAUCCUCAACAAGCCGCGGCGCGGCCUGCGGCGUCAGAACAGCGCCGCUAAGUCGGAGGAGACCGACUCGGACGGAGAGGUGGACGACGACGACCUCAGCUUCAGCGCCUGCGCCGAGGAGGAGGACGCGCCGCCGGCCGAGCCGUCCGCGCUCGCCUUCCACAGCCACGGCAACACCGAGUACGUCAGCUUCUUGGACUACUCGCCGGAGUCGGCGGCGGCAGCGACGGCGCCGGCGGCACCGGACGCAGACACGGACCGCGCCGGUCUGCACCGCACCGUCUCCGACCCGUGCCGCCGCGUGGUGCGCAAGAUCGGCCGCUUCCAGGGCGUGGGCCAGAGCGAGCUGCUCCACUUCCUCGGUAGUAUUAGGAAGAAGUCGGCCCGGCUGAGUCGAACCGACGAGCGGCCGCUGCCGCCGCCCGCCGAGGAGGAGCCACUGGCGGUGCGCCGCGCGCAGAGCUUCAACGAUCAGGACGAGCUGCGGCCGGCGGCGCUGAGCCUGGCCACGCUGCGGCGCGCGGCCAGCUCGGCCAGCGACCCGGUGCCGGCGCGCGUCAGCACCUAUCUCACGCCGCAGCUGGCCAAGAAGGCCGACUCGCUGCCCGGCACCUUCCAGCGGACGGGCUCGCUCGGCCGGACGCCCAGCGUCGAUUUCGACGCGGACCGGUACUUGGCCCCGCGCGCCGUCCAGGAGGACGACCGGCUGACCACGUACACCACCACGCCGGGCGCCAGCUCGGAGAGCCUCAACGUGCAUCCCGACUACAGGAUCUACGGGCCGGCCGUCUCCCAGUCGUCUCUGAGGAGCAUGGUCGGCUCGUUCCGCGCGCGGCUGAUGCGGCUGAAGCAGCCCUCGCAGGGCAGUAUCGGCGGCGGUAGCAGCGGCGGCGCGUCCCUGAGCUCGCUGUUCGGAUCGCCGGCCGGCAGUCAGGUGGACAUGCGGGACCAGAGCCGCAACCGGCUGCUCUACAUCAUGGCCAAGUCGCUGAAGGAGCGCGUGGCCAGCCUGGUGCCCGACGAGGCCGAGUCGGACGCGGAGAGCCCGCGCGUGCUGCCGACCGGCGCGCCGUUCGCGCAGGGUGGUGCCGGGCUGGGCGCGCGGCUGGCGCGGGGAAUCCGCGAGAACGCCUCCGGCGGCGCCGCGUCGCCGCCGACCCAGCCCAAGUCGCCGCGGCCGGCGGCGGGCCGGCGUACCGAGCCGCCGGCCUCGGCGCGCGCCAAGGCGGCCGAGGCGCGGCCGGACUCGAUGCUCUCCAGCUCCUCGGUGGUGACGUCGUCGAGCGUCUCCAGUGGCAGCACGAGCGGCGUGGCCACCGAGACCAGCGGCAAGGUCAGUGAGGAGGCGACCAGUCUGACCGCCUCUGACGGAGAGGGAUCCGUGGGCUCCUUCUACGAGCACGAGCUGGACAUUCUGGAGGACAUCCACGGCUCGGAGCUGUUCCGCGACUCGGCCAUCUACAGCGACCCGGACGAGCUGCUGGACUCGAUCGAGGCCACGCUGCCGCCGGCGCCGGCGCCGCUGGCAGACCACGACCUGGACGCCUCCGACCUGGCUGACGAGGCCGAGUUCAUCGACUCGUUCGCGCCCGUGGAGGUGCCCGACUCGGGUGACGCGCUGGAGCUGGCGGACCAGGCGACCGUCCCCGCCAAGAAGGUGCCGCCGCCGGUGCCGGCCAAGCCGAACCGUGGUGGCGGGUCCAUCAAGGACCGCCUCCGUUCGCUGGAGGAGUCUCAGCUGCGGCGCGAGGACGUCUGCGCGCCGCCCACCGCCGAGGCGUUGAAGAGCAUCAGCGAGCGGCGCCGCGAGCUCGAGCAGUGGCGCUCGGGGGGCCGCGGCGGCGACGAGAGCGAGACGAGCUCUCAGCACUCGACGUGCACCGUCAACACUGUGAUCGAGGCGGGCGGCAGCGAGUCGCGCGGCCACUCGCGCAGCUCGAGCCGCGAGGAGGCGCUGCCGCGCGGCUGGGUCAAACAGGUGAUCGGAAAACUACAGGGCGAGACCACUGCCUAGGUGGGCGGCUGUGGACGCUGCCCGCCCCGCCCGGGGCUUCUCAUGUGAUUGUUGCCACUGCCGCGGCGUCCGCCGCGAGUUGUGGUGUGCGUGCGCGCACGGACAGCGAUCAGCUGCCAUGUGGCCUGGCGAGUGUGAGCUUUCUGGAAAUUUGGUCGCUUCCACGUAACACAGUGUUUUACUCUUAGCCAUUGUGGUGCUAGUCAAUAACCCUCCUGGGAGGCGACUGAGGGGGCCUGGCCGGCCGGCCGGCCCGACUGUGGCGGCCCCUCUGACGCGUCCCGUGUGCCGCGGGCGGCGCCGGCAGCGAACGGCCGCCCGCCGCCCCUGUGACUGCCCCGCCCUGUGAGAGAGAGAGAGCGGCCCUCCGCUCCGCGCCCACCAGGGACCGCCUGCCACGCAGGACCCGCCCUGACCUGACUUAGGGGCGGCCUUCUAUCUGUACGGACACAUGUUCUGCUUAUUUGUACAUAUGAAUGCCGGUGAGAAUCGUGUUAUUUCCGUAUAUACAUUUUAUAAGUUAUUAGAAA